AUGACCAAGGGGUUUCACCUCUUUGACCAUAACGGUGUUAUUACCGAGUUGCAUAAUCUUGAUGUCCAUGAGCCUGUCUUGGUUCAAUGGAUUAAGUCCUUUUUAACGGAGAGAGAACAAUGUGUUAGAAUUGAAAAAUCCACCUCAUCUUGGAGGAAGACCAAUGGAGGUCUCCCUCAGGGAACCAAACUGGGCCCCCUUAUGUUUGCUGUUUUAGUCAAUUCGCUUUUAGAUAACUGGCAGGAAAGGAUAAAAUUUGUGGACGAUGCUACUGCACUAGAAAUUGUCACUCGUUGCCCGCCAAGUUUGCUUCCCAUGGUAGUAGACGAAGUGGUUAAUUUCGCUUCGUGGAAUGGAACACAAUCCAAAAAAAUGCAAGAUAUUGAUAUCCUUCCUCAAGUACAGUACGUUCUUUGA